UGAAGACAACGACAAUGUUUGGCACGUCUUCAGCGAACUGAUCCCAUCGCCGACCACAACAAUGGACUGCAUUAUAGACUACGAGUCCUAUCAGUCGCUGAAGCAGUCGUACGAUCAGCUCGUGGACAGCAAUCAGCUCUUGGAGUCUGAGAACGAGUCCCUCACGAGUAGUAAUCGACUGCUGAAGAGACUUCUGGAGACAUUGGAGACGAUUAAGACAUCGUUGGAGCAAAAGGUGCUCAUAAUGACCACUCAGUUGAACGGCAUCCGCAGCGACCAAUUGGUGCCAUUCGAUCGGGAACUGCAACGUCUGGAUGAGGACUACUGUCACCUCAAGUGUCUCCUGAAUCGCGUGGAGUUCGACGAGGAGGUGGACGCCGAAGACGUGGACACGAGUCACGCCAUUAUGGCCGCCGACGACAGCAUCGACGCCAUGAUCGCCAGCGAUGACCAAUUGGGUGAUCAUCACAACCAGUCGUCGGUCGACGACUAUAGCGCUGCCGUCGACGACACCAAUGAUGACGAUAUCAGUGCCGCCGAUGACGACAACGACAAUACGGACAGCGCUGUGGAUCAGACGCUGAGCGGCGCCUCCACUGAUGGCAUAUAUGUGUUGCAUCCGUCGACUCCCGGCGCCGCCAACGAUGAGCUCAAUACCGGUUCCUAUAGUAACAGUGUCUUAGCGACCGCUGAAGACUUGGGUGGCGUUCGGCGGCAGAGGAAUAAGAGAUCCAAAGCGGACGUGACCCCCGGCGUGAAGCGGUUCCGUUGUUCAGAUCCGGGAAGCAUUAAAGAGCACAAACGCAUCCACAGCACUGAGAAGCAGUUCCGGUGCGAGUGGGAGGGCUGUACGUGGAAGUUCAGCACUUAUAAGCUACUCAAGAACCAUAAGAGGGCCUGUCAUACGCUCGAGAAGCCGCAUAAGUGCGACUGGCCCGGUUGUGACAAAUCGUUUUUAGCGCCGUAUGCUCUCCGCACACAUAAACUCAAACACACGGGUAUUCGGCCGCAUAAGUGCGAUAUGUUUGGCUGUACGGCCUCUUUCGCCAGACCUACAGACUUGGCUCGACAUAAGAGGGAAACGCAUUGCACGGAAAGGCAAUACCUGUGCGAACAUGAGAACUGCGGCUCAAAGUUCUAUAGGAAAGACGACUUAAGGCAUCACAUCCGCCGCAAACACGACUGUCCGCAGUUCGGACGCCGCGCCAAACGGCUCCGCAAAGGCGCCGAUAGUAAGGAAAUGGUGGUUAAGAAAGGAGUUCGCCGUAAGCUGUCGAUGAAGACCGAGGAUAACAGCGCCGCCGAGGGCUCGCUGGGCGCCGGUGGCGGCGGCACCGGUAGUGACGCCACCGAGGGCUUGGAUGAGCCCAAAGUGGUGAUCGACUUGAAUGUGGCGAAAGUGAAUCAGUUGCGCAAAUCUAUUCAAAUUAAUUUUGUUUAAAAAAGUUUUUUUUGUUUAUUAUUUAAAAGAUUAAAUUUAAUAUUUUCACAAAUUCUCUCUCUCUCUCUCUCUCACUCACUCACCAAAGCCUGACAUCCAUUUGAUUACUUAAUUAAGUUAUUUAAUUAAUUAAUUGGCAUUUUAUCACUCGACAGAUACGUG